GCAGAACAGACCGCUUAGACAAAAGAUGUUGCCUCUGGCCAUGUGGUAGGGAUACUUGUAACAAUCUAUUCACUUGAAACAAACAGGUAAAAGAUCAUUUGAGUGUUAUAACUUUAAUAACUGUUGACUCCAGUCUAUUGUUCGCAUUUAAACUGGAAAACACUAAUCAUUUUUAUAUGUUUAGUUAAAGAAUAUACAACAGCGCUUUAAAAAGAAUUGGCCAAUCAGUGACAUGAUAUUCGGAAGGCGGACUUCAUAGUUGUGAUCGACAUGAUUCUCAGCCAAUCGCUGGCCGCAGUGGUCGACUUCAACCAAUCAGGUGGCAGAUCGAGCUGUGGCGUCCAACGAGAGUGGAUUUUCAACGAGCCCGAGAGAAAAGCGGAGAAGGGAAGACAUCAUUUCUCUCUCAGUGUCUUUGGGGCUAAGCACUCGACGGCAACAAGAUCGAGGAAAAAAAAAAUCUUUCUCAACAGGAUUAUAUUUAUAUAAAAUAAAUCACAAAAAAUAGCCAUGGCCGAUACAGCUGUUGAUACAACCGCCACCACAGAGGUUACAGCCAAGGAGCUGAAAGAGAAGAAAGAAGCAGCAGCAGCAGCAGCAGCGGAGGAGGAGGAGAAGUCGACCGAGAGCGGGGACGCACCUGCCAAUGGCACCAAUGGUGCUGAGCACAGUGACAAAAAGGAAGAAACUACAGAGGAGGAGCAGAAGAAUGGAGCUGAAGAUGCGGAGGCGGCGCCCCCUGCUGAGGAAACCGAUGCACAGCCGGUGAAGCGUGCAGCUGAAGAGGAGGAGGACAAAGCUGAGACAAAAAAGCAGAAGACAGAGGAGAAUGGCGACUCAAAAGAAGCAGACGUGGAGGCCUAAGUCUUUACCCUGCUACUUGUUUGCGGCACUGUCCUACCAGUCUGGUCAACAUUGCUUCAUAGAGCUUGUGCUUUCUAUGUUUUCGAUAGAGAUUUUCCUUUUGGUUGCUCCCAUAUUUUCACAUUGCACUGGAGUCUUUGAGAUGUAGUGGCCCUGCAUACUUCUUUUUUAUGAAAUGUUAUUUAUUGGUCUUGAAAAUGAGCUUUUUUUUCUACUUGUUCCAAGUCGGGCCACGCCAUAAGAUCAGUUUUUUCAUUUCCUGACGUUUCACAUCAGUCUGUUAGAAGCACAAUCUCUAUGCAAGUGUUGACCAGGUGAUUCAUACAUACAGGCAGCUGCUCACCCUCAAGGCUCAUGUUGACCUCUCAGAUACACUUAAAAGGACCAAAGAUAAGUUUUAAGCAGGGGAUAAUAGACAGUUGUUGGCAUUAUUAGUCGAGGUGUCAAUUUUUGUGUUAAGCUGCUACUUAAUUCCUGCCUGCCCUGUUAACAUAACAGAUGGUGCAAAUGAGUAAAAGGGGCUGUCUCUUACACCUCCGCUGAUUGUGUAACCAUUUUCUUUCCUGUGGAGGCAGGAGUUUGCAAUGUUAAUUAACCCCUCUUAAAUCUUAAGGCUUUGGUCAUUUGUUCUGUAUGCAUUCCACGCAAGUUUGUACCAUUUAUACUUUUUUUUUUUUUUUUCUUGCAUUUUCAACGAGUUUUAUGUUAUGGUUGAGUAGCCCACUUCUGUGUAGACCGCCUUUUUCAUAACCAGAAUGGCAUUUGGUUACUUCAGCCACUGCUUUGUAUAUUCUGAUUAAGAAAUAAAUUUGUCUUUUUA